UGAUAGCAGUGUCAGAACUGUCAGCACCGUAUGUUCAAAAUAUUGAUGUCUUAUUAAUUUUUGUAACAAUGCAAUGAAAUAAAGUAUUUGAAGAUGUCCUACAAUAAUGCACUACUGAAUGAUCUGUUUCCCAAGGGUUAUACAGAUGACUGGGAUUCAGAUCACAUUGAAAAAUGUUUGUUCAAAUUGGGAACCUACAAAGUCAGUGAUUUAUUGAAAAAAUCAGAGGCAAUGAAAUCUGAAAGAGUUACUUUGGAGGAGCGGAUACAAGAAUUAGCCAUUACCAAUUAUAAAACAUUCAUUGAAACUGCUGAAUGUUCACAGGAGUUAUUCAGUCAAUACAAUGGCAUAGAAAAAAAACUAGAUAAGCUCUUGUAUGAUAUUCCCAAUUUCGAGGAGAAAUGUGCCACAUUUGGAGAGAAAUCUGGCAGUAUCAGUCAAUGGAGAAAACAGAACUCAUCCACUUUGGAGAAAAGUGCCCAAAUUCUUGAGAUUCUGGAGCUGCCACAACUGAUGAACUCUUUCAUAACUGAUGGAUUGUAUGAAGAUGCCUUAGAGUUGGCUGGUUAUGUGAGAAAGCUAGAAAGUAAAAACUCAGAUAUUCCUAUUUUCAAAAGUAUCGUUGCUGAUAUUGAUAAGGCAUGGCUCCUAAUGUUACAUCAGCUUGUUUCUCAACUGAGAGGGGAUCUGUCUUUGCCAAAGUGCCUUCAGAUUCUAGGGAUUUUAAGGAGAAUGGAAGUUUUUUCUGAAACUGAACUACGUUUGAAAUUUUUGCAGUGUAGGAGUUGUUGGUUGGACCAUUGCUUAGAAAUUAUUCCAAAAAAUGAAGUGAGUCAUCACUUGAGUAAAACAAUAGAAGUGACAAGAGUUAAUUUAUUCAAUAUACUUACUCAGUAUAGGGCAGUUUUCAAUGAUGAUGAAAGAGGGCCAUUAAUUUUGAGUACAACAACUAAUUUGAAUGUCAACCAGAAUCUCAUUCUCUUCAGUUGGAUCAAAAGCAAAAUUUCAGAUUUUUUGCUUACUUUGGAAAGUGACCUUCAAGAUUUGACACCUAUAGAGUCUAUCUUGGACCAGUGCAUGUAUUUUGGUGCAUCUUUCAGCAAAAUCGGCUGUGACUUCAGAACAUCCAUGAUACCAAUCUUCACGAAAAAAAUCUGCAAGGAUUUCAAAGAGUCUGUUUUCGAAGGGAACAAGACUUUUGAGAAAAACAUUGACAGGUUCACUCUGAUAGAUAAAAACUACCCAGGCAUUCCAUGGAAGACAAAAAGUGAGAACCAAAUGCAACCACCUGAUAGUCUACUGGAAUUCUAUCCUCUGGCUGAAUACACAAAUAAUAUUCUGUCUGCUCUGAAUAAUUUGAGGUUGUGUGCUCCUAUCGCCAUUCUGGAUGAAAUUGUAGCUACUUUAGAGGCCUCCUUAGUAGUAAUAUCGAAAUUGCUCUUGAAACUCUACAUACAGGAGCAACAAGCUUUUUCUACCACUUCCAAAGAUGCAUUCACCAGGCUCUGCAUGAGUUUUUCUGAUGACUUAGUGCCUUACUUGCAGAAAUGCUUGCACAUCAUUUAUCAACCUAGUCAGAUCGCAUCGACACUUGGAGUUAGUGUGAAGAUUUUACAGGAUGAAGGUAUAACAUUCUUGAAUAGGGAACUUGUUAUUGCUCCCAUUGUACAUUUGCUUCCCAUGAAAACUGACUCAGAAAAUAUUUGUAUCAUAGAAGCUGUCCAGUAAUCUUUUUGUGAAUUGUACAGUAGCUUAUUAUUUAAAUUCUGUCUGUAUUAUUUUGAAAUAAAUCAUUUUAUGAAAACUAA